AUGGAGUCACAACCAUCCGCAACCCCAGAAAAACCGCCGAAACAGGCGUGCGACAAUUGCCGUCGACGCAAGAUCAAGUGUUCGAGGGAGCUUCCCUGCGACAAGUGCCAGCGUCUGCUUCUCUCCUGCUCCUACAGCGACGUGCUCCGUCGCAAGGGUCCCAAGUUCCGCACUCUGUACCCUCUCGCUCCCAUCCAUCCCCUCGCAUCACGACCGCGUCCCCUCACCAAGGAAUGGCUGCCCCCAGAUCCAGCGGCCUGCCAUUUGGCAUCCCCGACCUCGCCGCCGUUCACCGUCGUGGACGCCCAGUAUCCACAUCCUGACUUCUCGGAGUCGUUCACUCGCCUCCCGCCCCCAGAUCUCGUCUCCUCGCCCGAUUCGACAAACUCGCUCUUCGACUCGUCCACCAUCGGCGCGCUCCCCGCGCCGCGCCGUCUCUCUCCGCCAAUCCUCCUGGCCCAUGUCAAUGUCUUCUUCAAGUACCUGUUCCCCAUCAUGCCCAUCGUGAGGCAGGACCAGCUGCAGCAGGACUGCCACCAGCCCGAGCGUCUGUCUCCCCAGCGCUACGCCUUCAUUGCCUCUCUCUGCGCGGCCACGCACAUCCAGCUGAAGCUGGACGGUGCAGCGCCAGGCCCCGACUCGGCUACAGCCACCAUCGACGGUCACCCCAUGUUGUCCGGCGCGGAACUCCUAGCCGAAGCCGUGCGUGCCAGAAAGGACUACAACGUAGUCGACGAAAUCAACAUGGAAAACCUCCUAACCUCGUUCUUUCUCUUCGCCGCGUACGGAAACCUAGACCGACAGGACCAGGCAUGGUUCUAUCUCAGCCAGACCAUGUCCAUGGUUUUCACGCUAGGCCUGCAACGUGAAUCCACAUACUCCAAAUUAAGCGUGGAGGAAGCAGAAGAGAAGCGGCGGGUAUUCUGGCUCCUAUUCGUCACAGAAAGAGGCUACGCAUUGCAACAAGCAAAACCAGUCAUGCUCCGCAACUCCAUCCACAAACCCCAGGUGCUCUGCUCCGACGACCCAAUCCUCGCCUACGGCUUCAUCAACCUCAUCAACGUCUUCGAAAAGCUCAGCCCGAACCUCUACGACUGGGUCUCGGCCGGCGGCGGCAGCAGCGCAGACGGUGAGACGCCACCCACCUCGUCCAUUCAAUGCAGCCUCGCCAAGCAAAUCUCCCUGGAAGGCGUCUCCGAGAUCCAGAAAGUAGACAUCCUGAUCACCCAGCAAUGGCUGCAAGCCAUGAUGUGGAAACUCUCCAUGACGCACGCCACGCAGCCAGGUUCGCGUGACGACGCCGUUCUCCCCUUCCACCUGCCCGUGCUCGUCGGCAAGGCCGUCAUGGGCGUCAUCGCCGCAGCAUCCCAAGGCGCCGUGGACGCCCACGGCAUCGGAAUGGAACAAAAACUCUAUGACCUCGGCACCUCCGUCGCGGACGUCUCCCGCUCCCUCAGCACGAAAGCGGCUCACCACCUCGCCGAAUCCGCCGUCGACCCCCGUGAACUCCUCUGGGGCAUUCUCACCACCCUCUCCCGCAUCCGCGGAUCCCAGUCGUAUCUCUUCCCGGCGCUCGUGGAGCAAAGUCGCGGGAUCCUCAGCUUCGACUGCUCGCUUUCCAUCAGCGACUUUCUGCCGUCGUUUGGUGGCCCACCCUCCAUCUCGUGGCGCACGGAUGAAUCCGGGUUCAAUUUAUUGGGCAUCUCGGAGAAUCUGCAUGAGCGGGAGGAGGAUGAAGCUGGGGAGCGGAUUGUGGGUGGGACGGAGAUCUCGUUUUGA